AUGGAGGCCAUUCGAUCGACCGUUCCAAUUUUCCACACGAACCCUGUUUUCUUCACCCGCAGGCCUGUUAGACCCAUCAAGCUUUCCAUCAAGCCCCCACCACCUGACUUCGAUUUCAGGUCAGAGAUAUUGGAAGACUCAAGAGCCACAAUUGCAAAAACUUUGAGUGGAAAUGGAUUCUUUGGAGCCGUUGGCCGUAGUAUAAAUUUGGGGGGUCAAACUGCUCUGGCAUUACGCGUACUCUUGGCGGUUUUCUCUUCUAAGAGUCCUUUCGGUGAUGAGCUUUAAUUGAAUUGAUUGCAUUUCCGCGCUGCUCGAAAAGCAUCUGAAGAAGUUGGUGCUCAGAUUGUUCUGGGGGAUCGCCCAAUUGAGAUAACUCUUGAAAGGGCUUGGAAUUCUUUGACAUGGACAGAGAAAUUGAGCUUAGUAACAUCGGUUUUUCGUGGGAUAACAUCAUCAUCUGAUAUGUCCCAAAAGAGUCUCGAGGAAUCAAGUACAAGUGACACCACAUUUCAGCUGUAUGAGCAGCUGAGUUCUUCAUACCCCUCACUCCUGCAACCUCUUAUACAUGAACGAGACACCUACCUUGCAUGGUCUUUAAAGAGGAGCAAAGCUGUCAAUAAGAGUAAGAGAGUGGUCGGGGUCAUCGGAAAAGGGCACAUGAAUGGUGUAAUCUAUGCACUAUUGGCUGACUCCGGAGAAUUACGGUUUCGAGACCUUGUAGGAGGACAGAGGCCCUCAUGGAAUUCUAUUAAUGAUGCUGCUUCUGCUAGCUGGGUUGUCAAGUUGCUCAAGGACUUGGUUAGAGAUACUAUCAUUGGCAUUGUCUUGUGGGCAUUAUAUGAGCAGAUAAAAGGUGGAUUAUAGAGUAAAGUACACAUUUUCCUGGUGUUAAAACAGUGUUAUACUCCACACAUUGUUUUGGAAU